AUGUCACCCCCUCCCACCUUUCUUUCAGUGGCAGGUCUUGGCGUCAAGAUCAAAGAAGAGGGUCAAAAAGUCAUUUACCUGCCCAAAGGGGAGUCAGUGAAGCUGGGGUGCCCCUUCACCUCCGACCCAGAAGACAACACGCCUGACAAUAACUGGGAUAUUCAGUGGAAGCAGGUGAAGCCCGGACUCCUUCCCCAGGACAGCCCGCUCCUUGGUUACCAUGAUCACCAGAUCAUCUAUCCUGGAUCCCCAGAUCUCCAGAAGCGGGUGGGGUUCACAUCAGCAGAUCCCAGUCGGUACGACGCCUCCAUGCAGUUACGUGAUGUACAGAUCACUGAUACGGCCACAUAUGAAUGCAUAGUGAAGAAAACGACAGAAGCAACUCAUAAGGUGACCAUCACUGUUCAAGAGCGGCCAGCGGUCCCCCAGUGCUGGAUCAUAGGGGACGUUGCCUACGGAGAGGAUGUCACCCUACGCUGCUUCGCUUCGGCAGGAUCCCCUCCUCUCAACUACCGUUGGGCCAUGACUCAGGGAGAGCAAUUCAGGGACUGGAUUCCCCCUGGAGGAUCGCUGGGCUCCGUCCCGGGAGAUCUUCACAUCUAUAACUUGGGGGACGAGCAUGUCGGUACCUACCAAUGCAGUGUGGGCAACAAUGUGGGCGUAGCUUACUGCUCUGUGGACAUUUCACUUGAUAACGGCGUCUACCGAGGCUGGAUCGUUGGAGGGUCCGUCCUCACCGGCCUUCUCGUCUUGGCCCUACUUAUCGCCGGUAUGGUCUGGUGGUGGUGCUGCCGAGCCGGAUGGUGCCCCAGCUGCUACUGCGGAGAAGAUUAUUGCUGGGAUUGUAUUUGCCGCUGUUGCAUCCGCCCAACGAAGCAGGAGUGCAUGCAGACCAAGGCCAAUGAGAUCUGCCUAGACGCCGAUGCUCCCCCAAGCCGGCCGUGCAGUCAAGCCUUCAGUCAAGACAGCAGCCUCCGCUCCUUGCUCGGCCACCGGCUGAGAAGCACUCACUACCCGCAAGGCUGCAAGUAUAUACCCCCCGUUGCUCAAGUCAAGAUGACAUCAUCCCCCCCGGACAGCGACACGAGCCUUGUUCUGGCCCCAGACCUCCUGUCUCCCCAUAGUUCAGAGCAAAGUGACACCUUCGACCCGUACUACCACCCAAAGCGAAGGGAUCCGUACUCUCUGCCCGGCUGCUCUCGCCCGUAUGUCAAAGGCGAGAGCCACCACGACUCCGUUUCCCAGUCUCACAUCUACUCGGACCCCCAAAACGUCAGCGUGCCCUCAACAGACCCGAGCGGGGUCCACUGGAACGACGGCGCCGCCAAACAGUACAAGGGCAAAGUGGUGAUGAUGCAGUCGUCAAGCAAAGAAGGGCUUCUGAUAUGA